UUUAUUAUUACAUUUUACUAUUUAUUUGUUAUUUUAAUUUUUUUGCCUUUUGGAAAUGCUCAAUUCGGGGAAAUUGCUUCGGCAAUUUCUUCUUUGGUGGCGGGUGGGGCUGGCUAUUGGUACUGGUGCUUCUGCAGGUGCGGGGGCUGCAGGAGCUCUGGGAAAUAUUGGACAACUUUAUCAGCUAGCACAAGCUGCCCUCCAAUUAACAGGAACUGGUGUUGGAAUUGCCAAUCAAGCAUCAGAAAGGUAAAUUCAGGAAUAUUUUUGUUUAAAAGAAAAUUGGGUAAUACUUUGGCUGACCUCCCCUUAUUAUAUUUUUCU